AUGCAAACAGAUUCUAAUCCUUGCAUCGGUUAUGCAUGUCGGUGGCCUGGAGAAGUGUGUCGAGUAGAUGGAACAGGCCGAGCCCAAUGUUUAUGCAUGCGCAACUGCCCCAAAGUCAUAGUACCAGUCUGUGGCUCGGAUGAUGUGACCUACGAUUCUCCUUGCCAUCUGGAGCAAGCGGCCUGCGCCCAGAAACGGGAUAUCUGGAUUGUAUAUGCAGGCCAGUGCUGUAAGCAGUAA